AUGCGCGCGGACCGUGCCGCGCUCUACGCGUGGCUCGUCUGCUGCGCAGUCGCGCUCUCUACGCACAAGUAUAGCACUCGAAUCGUGCGAACCAAGUACGGACCCCUGCGGGGCAUCGUUGUCCACGCACAUCCGCAAGUCGAAGCCUAUUUGGGAGUGCCGUAUGCAACGCCACCUCUCGGUAGUCUUAGGUAUAUGCCCCCGGUGACACCGUCUCAGUGGCGCACAACGCGGCUGGCGGACGCAGCGGGCCCGGCGUGCCCGCAAUCUCCGCCCGCCGCCGCACCCCGCGAUGACGCGCUGCUAAUACACCCACGCGCGCGCAUCAAACAGCUGGAACGUCUACUCCCUACGCUCGCUAACCAAAGUGAAGACUGUCUCUACGUAAACCUUUACGUACCUGUUAGUGGUGCAGAAGUUGAUUCCGAGAGACCAGGACUGCCGUGUUUAGUAUUUGUUCACGGAGAAUCUUAUGAAUGGAGUUCGGGGAACGCUUACGAUGGAACAACUCUUGCUGCACAUGGAGACAUUAUUGUAGUUACUAUCAACUUUAGAUUAGGUGUUUUGGGUUUUUUAAAAACUGGUGCUAAAGGGUCAGCUCAGGGUAACUUUGGCCUAAUGGAUUUGGUUGCUGGGCUACACUGGCUGCGGGAAAACCUGCCUGCUUUCGGAGGAAAUCCUGAAAAGGUUACGUUGAUGGGUCACGGUACUGGCGCUGCACUUGCUAAUUUUCUAGCCGUCUCACCUGUGGCUAGAGAGCUAUUGAAGCGAGUGAUUUUGUUGAGCGGGUCGGGGUUGAGUUCGUGGGCAUUGCAAAGGGAACCUCUCACGAUAAAAAGAAAGGUAGCGGAGCAGACUGGUUGCCAUGGAGACUUACUUGAGGACGACUUAGCGCCGUGCCUCCGCAACAAGCCGCUUGAUGAAUUACUUGCGGUCCGAUUGGAGCCUCCACGGUUCUUGCCCGGCUUCGCGCCGUUCGUGGACGGAACCGUUAUCGUUAAUCCUUCCUUUGCGCCCCCUCCUACUGAUAGUUCGCGGCUGGGCGCCGGAGCGGCCGCUGUGGCUAGCGCUGCCGGUCAUGAAUUAGCCGACUUCCCGCACAGAGAGCUGCUUUUCGGACUAACUACUACAGAAUCUUACUUGGAAUUCAAUGCUCAAGACUUGGAGUUCGGCUUCAAUGAAAGCCGGCGCGACCGCAUUUUGCGCACUUUCGUCCGCAACGCUUAUUACUACCAUCUCAAUGAGAUUUAUUCGACUCUCAAAAACGAGUACACGGACUGGGAUAAGCCCGUACAAAACCCGCUCAGCGUUCGAGACGCCACUCUAGAGCUUCCGGAAAUGCAAAACACCGAUGCGGUGCAACUAGCUCGCAUUACAAUGCCCGAGUUAAUGAUAUCGUACGGUUCUCUUGUUUUUGAGAUACUAAGCGACGGUCGCACGGCUGCCCCUCUCAUAAGGCUGGGCUACUUACACGCUCUUCGUCGUGGCACCACGUACUUCACUCAUUUCCACUACCUGUCACCAGAAAAAGAUUAUCCUCAGCGACCGGGUUCCGUUCAUGGUGAAGAGUUGCCAUUCUAUUUGGGAAUGCCACUUUCCCAAACUUAUCACCAUUUAAACUUCACUGCGCAAGAGCAAAGAGUAUCGAAACUUUGCAUGCACUACGUGGCUAAUUUCGUUCGAUAUGGGAAUCCAAAUGAUCCAUCCGCCACACCACCACCGAGCCCUAUGUUAGGAGAACCUGCUUCUGUUGGUCCUGAUGACGUACCUUUUUGGGACACAUAUGAUACCAUCAAUCAGCUUUAUAUGGAAAUGAGUACAAAACCUGGUAUGAGAAGUCACUAUCGUGGUCACAAAAUGUCCUUGUGGUUGUCUCUCAUACCGCAAUUGCAUCGACCAGGAAAUGACUUGCCAGACGCUGCAAUGAAACAUCACCAUUUUUUAGAAGAAAGUCCGACCUAUUACGAUGGUCCCGUCCGACAACAAUCGAAGUCUCGUGACCAUGUUCCACACGUGGUAAAUAUUGGAAGGAGUGGCGAAAAGAGCACGCCUCCAUCACGUUCCGCUUCACCAAAGCCGUCCCCUGCCCCUCCAGCUUCAACAGAAUGUCCACCAAACGCUACAUCGCCUCCAAUACAAACUGAUGACGCCCUGCUACGGCGACUCGCUUCUUCGCAUUAUCAGUCCUAUACUGCUGCUCUGACAGUUACGAUUGCUGUUGGAUGCUUCCUACUACUUUUAAAUGUUCUUAUUUUUGCUGGUAUAUAUCACCAGAGAGGUUCACGACCGCGACGAUGUAAAGACGAUCUAACAGAGGCUGGAAGCUCUUCAUCUUCUGAUAACUACGAUGGAAAAUUAGAUUAUGAGGUGCGCGCUUUUGAGGGCAAGGGCUUCGGGUUUGAGUGCAAAUCCGCGCACGUUCCGAGAGGUUCAGGUUCAAAGUUUGAUUUGCGAACUCUAUCAGAUUGUGGUGAACCUACGUUUGGGGAGUAUAGUUGUUAUGACGAAAAACAUCAAGCUGCAAGAAGGUCAUUACCAGAUGUGAGUGUUGGCAGUGCUAUUGAUGCUGGAAAUGUGGUAUGUAUAGAUACUCAGAAGCCGGAUAUACAAAGAAUAGAAGCGCGUAUACAAGAGGCCGUAUCUAGAACUAGCACAUUCGAACCUCGGGUUGUAGAUAGUUCCACUCAAGUAAAAUUUGGACCUUUAUCAGAUGGUACUGAAGUUCUUUCAGAUACCAAUGGUGAUUCUGAUACAGGCCUUCCUAGUAGCUCGGGUAUUCUCCGAGUUCCACCAGCACCAACAACACCAGCACCGCCGGGGAUUAUGAAGAAGAGAGUGCAGAUCCAAGAAAUAUCUGUAUGA